CGGACCCUGAACGCGGCCUGACGCAUUACUCCGCCGUGACGCCGUGACAACAGACGCGGUCCGCCCGACGCGCUGUCCAGGUGUUCGCUAUACGAUAUUGCGGAGAUCCAGGGACCGUUUUUGGGGAGCUUUUAUCGGUGUAUCCGCACGACAUGGCCUAACGCGGUAUGCCCGGCCGUCGCUCGGACCUCCGAAAUGCUGUUUUCUUCCCUCAUCUCCCGGAGAAUGAAGCGCGAACACCGUUUAAAGAUGAAGUCCGACACUGGGAGGAGAAUUUGAUCCGCGUUUGUGUGUUUUUAUACCUCGAUAGCGGUCAGGUUAGCCAGCUAAGCUCAGAAACCCGCACCGGAUAAUCGGGAUUUGUGCGACCAUGGCCGGGCUCAUCAAGAAGCAGAUCCUGAAGCACCUCUCCAGGUUUGCGAAGAACUUGUCGCCGGACAAAAUCAACCUGAGCACGCUGAAGGGGGAGGGUCAGCUGACCAACCUGGAGCUGGAUGAAGAGGUUCUUCAGAGUCUGCUGGACCUGCCCACCUGGCUGGCCAUCAACCGAGUGGAAUGCAACAAGGCUGCCAUCAGGAUACCAUGGACAAAGCUGAAGACUCACCCCAUCACGUUGACCCUGGAUAAGGUGGUGAUGGAGAUGAGCACCUGUGAUGAGCCACGCCCCCCCAAUGGCCCGUCUCCCAUAGCAACGGCAUCGGGACAAAGUGAAUAUGGCUUUGCUGAGAAGGUGGUGGAGGGGAUGUCACUGUCCAUCAACUCCAUCGUCAUCAGGAUCAGUGCGAAGGCCUUUAACGCCUCCUUUGAGCUCUCCCAGCUGCAGGUCUACAGCGUCAACACCAGCUGGAGCAUCAGUGACCUGCGAUUCACCCGCAUCCAGGACCCUCAGAGAGGAGAAAUCCUGACGUUCAAGGAGAUCAGCUGGCAGAUGAUCCGUAUCGAGGCUGACGCGAUCCAGAGCGCCGAGCACGAGAUGCUGAGCGCCCCCAUUCGCCUCAUCACCAACCAGUCCAAGAUCCGAGUCACUCUCAAGAGACGGAUUAAGGACUGUAACGUGGUGGCCUCCAAGCUGAUUCUGAUCCUGGACGACCUGCUCUGGGUGCUGACCGACUCCCAGCUCAAAGCCAUGGUGCAGUACGCCAAGUCUCUCAGCGAGGCCAUGGAGAAGUCUGCACAGCAGAGGAAGAGCAUGGCCACGGAAGACCAGGUGUCAUCGGCGGCGCCCUCAGCCCAGCAGGUGCGCACACAGCAGGCGUCCACGGCCGCGGAGCAGAGCGCCUCCAUGGCCAAGCUGUUCAGCGCCUACGACGUAUGCGAGACUUCCCACCACCUCCAGAUCAUGCACCUCGACCUGCACAUCUGCGACGACAUCCACGUUAAGGACAAAGUGAGCAAUAAGAGGAUAACGGGUGGAGCCAUGCAGCUCUCUUUCAGCUCCAUCACUCUGGACUACUACCCUUUCCACAGAGCAGGGGACAGCUGUGAACACUGGAUGCACUACAGCGAGGCCACCAAGACCAGAGAGGGCUGGGUGCGGAAUCUGCUCGACGAGUUCAACUCCAACGUGGAGAUGUUGAAGAGCGCAGUCCGAGACCACCAAGGCCCGCCCCCUGCGCACUGUUCCCCGCAACACGGUAAGAUAAACACCUCCUCCAGCGCCUCCUUCAGUCCUCCUCUCCCUGAAAGCCCCAAGACCCAACUCACGUCCAGCUCUGUUGUACUCAGGAUAGCUGACUUCAGCAUCUAUCAGGUGUCGACAGCGGACCAGCGCCGCUCCAGCCCCAAGACCAUGAUCUCCUGCAACAAGAAGUCCUUGUAUCUUCCCCCAGAGAUGCCAGCCAUUCAUGUAGAGUUCACAGAGUACUACUUCCCCGAUGGAAAAGACUACCCAAUCCCGUGUCCUAACCUGUACCUCCAGCUGAACGCCCUGCAGCUGGUUCUGGAUCCUCGCAGCCUGGUGUGGAUCAACCUGUUCGCCCUGGACCUCAGGCAGAGCCUGGAGCAGUUCAUGGAGAUCUACAAGCUCAGCGACUCGCAGAAGCCCGAAGAGCACGUCGACAUAAAGGUGGACGGCCUCAUGCUCAAGGUGGUGAUUCCCAUCGAUCGGGGCGCCUCCUGUCCCGCCGAUCUGCCUCGCUCCAUCUCGGUGCAGACCUCAGAAAUGGUGGCCACGAACACCCGGCACCCGGCCAACUGCACCCGCUCCCACCUGGAGGCCCUGCUGCAGGCCUUUGAGCAGCAGCCCUUCUUCUCUCCCUGUUUCUCCUCGUUCCCUCGCUCCUCCUCCUCGGUACCCGUCCUCCACCCCGUCUUCCAGCGCCACGCUCACGAACAAGACACCAAGCUCCACGACAUCUACCGGGGCCUGGUGGUGCCGACGUUGGGCGCGGACGCCCUCAAGAUGCCGGCCGCCACUGACUUUUGGGCGUUGCACUUUGCCCAGUUCUGGGUGGACUACGAAGGCACCCGCGGGGGCAAAGGGCGGCCGCAGCCCUUUGUGGACUCCUUCCCUCUGACCGUGUGGGCGAGUCAGCCCGCCAAGAUUGUCCAGCACCAGGAGAAGCUCCGAUGUGGAUCCAGUUUGUCCAGGAGCACAUCUGGAGAGGGGGUCACGCGUCUGCAGAAGAAACGAUUAUUGAAAGACUAUUACAGCACCGAGGCCCACGAUGCGACGCCGCCUUCCAGUAACGGACUCCACAAACCCCUCUCAUUGGACAGUCUGCCCUCCUCCGCCUCCUCCUCUUCGCCAUCAUCAAGUAAAGAUGCGAAUGUGCACGUAUUGGUGCACGUGCAGAAGCAUUUAAGUGCUCAGGUGAGCCACCGGCAGUAUGUGUUCCUGAUGCAGCUCCAACGCAGCAUCAAAGCCCUGCAGCAGACACUACAGCAGGAUCUGGAGAAGAUGAGCUCCAAGAAGGACCGCAUGGAUCCCUCUCAGCAUUCUGCGGACCACCAGCCCUUCACCGUCUGCCUGGGCCUCCUGCUGAAAAGCGCCGAGGUGUCCCUGCUCCUGAAACCCGUCCCCCACCCCGAGGGCUCACGAUCUCCCAUGGGGUCUGAGCUGUCCCCCUCGGAGAGCCGAGGAACUCUGGACGCGGGAGAGGGAGCGGAGAAGGGGAGCGACGGCGCCGGGUCUGGGUCCGAGGGAGCGGCAGCCAAAGGGGCGUGCGCCGUCGACCAGCUGCUAUGGGGCGAGGGAUCAGAGGGUGGAGCCACGCUCGUCCCCGGCGCCACUUCACGUCCCGACUCGAAUCACAAAGGGUCCGUGGAUGAGAGGACUUUCGCUAAGAACUCUGGGAGGCGGAGUUCAGAGGAAGGUGGCGACGUGGGAGUGGACGGAGGCGAAGAUGUGGGAGCCGGACUCGACCCUAGAACCCAGACGAGCGACCCGCUGUCUGACUGCAGCGACAAAGACAAGUCUGCAGCCGCCAAGAUGCCUCAGUCAACAUCCAGUGGUCGUUUGAUGCGUGACCGCUCCCAGUCCAGCUUCUCCGUGUCCUAUAAGAACAUGAAGAAGAGCCCGUCCCUGCAGUCGCUGGACAACAUCUCGAUAGACAGCUACCUGAUGGAGGACGGAGACACGUACAGCCUGCUGGAGAGAGGUGGAGGAAUCAUGAAUGCAUCCUACGACGUGUCCAUCUCGGGCUUCAAGGAUGCCGUCGGCGAACAGAGUGCCACCGAGAGCGCCGCCGAGGCCGUGAUUGGUCAGGAGCAGGAGGGAGGCGUGUCCCCCGACACAGUCAGCGCUACCUCCCAGAGCACCGACGAUCCCACCAAAGAUACAGUGUCGGUGCUGGUGUUGAAGGUGCAGUCGGUGUGCGUGGCCAUGGAGGCGUUUGGCGAGAGCACGGCCGUGGCUCUGGAGGUGGGCCGGGUCACGCCCAGCCAGCUGGGCAACGUCAGCCUGAGACAGUACCUCAGCAACCGCAGCCUGGGUAUGGUGUGCUCAGUACCAAUACCUGCUCAAAGCAGCCAAGCCGGCGGCGAGGUCGGCUCGGCGUCCGCCGGCGGCCUCCACAGUCCGGAGGUGCGGGCUCGCCUGGAGAGCGGGCCCUGCGCCGCCGCUCACUCCCCGCUGGCCGAGCGCAACGGCUUCCUGCAGCUGCGUCUCCACGGCUACCGGUCGAGCUUCUUGAUGUCCACGCUGCGAAACCUGGCUCACUUCCUGGAGGACGACUCCGCGCCGCAGGUGCUGCCCAUGGAGAUCAGCGUCAGGGACACGCACGUCAACCUCAAGGACGACGGCCCCCGUGACAACCCCUCCGACUCGGAGCCCUCGCCCUUCACGCUGCACGUGGACAGCCUCGUCAUACACAGAACGGACGACGGCUCCUUCUCUAUAGGGGUGGACACCGCGGCCGAGACCAAACCCAGGGAAGAGGGCGCUCCGACUCCGUUCCCUGAGGUCGGGGGCGGCAUACUAAAGCCCACACAGAGCCAAGCCCCGCCCACACAGAGCCAAGCCCCGCCCACCAACCCUCCUCCUUCCACCAGAGAAAAGAUGCUGGUGGAGGAAAACGAAUGUUUAAAAGUGGAGCUGUCCCGGACCAAGAUGGCGCUGGCCGAGGCUCAGAUGGAGAAGGACUCGCUGCUGCACCGCAUGAAGACCCUCAAAGUCAACACCAGCUAGUCGCGAGGUCUGAAACAAAAAAAUUAAUUAAACGAGCAAAGAAAAAGUCUAAAACGACUCCCUUUACGCGCUUCAAAAUAAUUCCCUUCAUAAAGCAAUGCAGAGUCUGGAUUUCAGACUCAAAAAUACUUGUUUUGACAUGCUUGUCUGUUUUAUGUCCCCCACUUUGGAGGCUUGGAGAGAGUUGAAAAGGGACAUUUAACAGGACUAGAUGUGUGUUUGCUGGUUUAUGUAAGAGAGAGGAUGAGGAUCUAUAUCCAUGGCCGUGCCUACAGAACACCCCCCCCCCCCUCCCCCCACACUAUCCAUACUGUUCACGUUCAAACAGAGAAGACUCGCAGCGAGCCGGAGAUGAGCUUCAUUCAACCCUGAACGUACGAAGGAAAACAGAAUGUCGUAUCUCCAGAGGAAUGUCUAAAAAAAAAAAAUACAGAAAAAGAGACUUAUUUUGCACCGAGCAGGAAUGAAACUUGUAAUUUAGUGCUUUCAUAUUCAGAGGGGACGAGGUGACUCUCCCACUCGUCCUCGGAGUGUGUACAGUGUGUAUAUUGUAUAAGAAUGUGAACACGUGACUAUUUUCUUCAGAACUAUGAAUGGUUAUGCAGUGUGUGUGUGUGUGUGUGUGUGUGUGUGUGUGUGUGUGUGUGUGUGUGUGUGUGUGUGUGUGUGUGUGUGUGUGUGUGUGUGUGUGUGUGUGUGUGUGUGUGUGUGUGUGUGUGUGUGUGUGUGUGUGUGUGUGUGUGUGUGUGUGUGUGUGUGUGUGUGUGUGUGUGUGUGUGUGUGUGUGUGUGUGUGUGUGUGUGUGUGUGUGUGUGUGUGUGUGUGUGUGUGUGUGUGUGUGUGUGUGUGUGUGUGUGUGUGUGUGUGUGUGUGUGUGUGUGUGUGUGUGUGUGUGUGUGUGUGUGUGUGUGUGUGUGUGUGUGUGUGAGCCAGAACAAGCAUUUCAUUACCCCGUUUAGAGGAAACAUUUAUAUCGGUCAGUUCCACAGCUUUGUCAGCAAAAUGCCCCACAACAAUGUCUGUACCUACACCCCCCCCACCACCACCUCCCUCUCUUAUUUUUCUAUGUGUAAAUAGCUACUCAACAUGUGCAGCACUUUUAAAAACGGAGGCACAACAACCACAACUGUGAGAAAACAGCAGCUUAGAACGUGUGUGUGUGCACACAUUGAAGCUGCCUGACGACACACACAUUUAUGUCUUUAUGUACAUUUCUAAUCUGCCGUGGGUCAUUCAUGGAUAGGUGUCGACCAUAUCUGUGUUGCUGUUCCCUGCUUAUUGCCAGUGUGACGACUUAUAGAGUAAAUAUUUUUUAAAAAAGACUAAAAAUCAACUUUAUUACAGGACAUCCCCUCCAUUAGCAGUAGAUUCAGUACAGCCUGAAUAUGCAACUGUCAUAACUUUAAGCUCCAGUCCAGUUCAUUUCAAUAUUUUCUCACGUUUCCUGUAAAAAAAAACGUGAAAACGAGUUUCUUUUGCACAAAUGUGGUUUCAAGACUUGAAAUGUCCGAAGUGGGAUUUUAACACGAUUGUAUGUGAAGAGGUUUUUUGUUUUUUUUGGUUGGAGAAGGAAACAUGUUGGGUUUCAUCUGGUGUUUCUCCUCCUCCAUCACAGCCCUCCUCUUCCCCUCCUCUCUGGGAGACUCCUCCCCCUUAGCACCCUGUGGACGAAAGAAAAAAUAAAAGCUCAAGUUGUAUUUUGUCUGUCAAAGCUGCUGAAAUACUGAUGAAAAUAAAAGGGUAUCCAAUUUAAAAUGUU